GCCGCGCAUGCUCCCUCCCCUCGCGCCCAGCGCGCCGGCCCUCAGGACCCCAGCGACUCCCGCGUCACCUUAGCCUCCGGGACCGGCUCCUGGCGCCGCCACGCGAGCCUCAGUGGCUGCUGGGCAGGUUGUGUUCUUUCCUCCGCGGUGCCAGGGACCAAGCUCGGGGGCCUCCUCCGUGCGAGGCUGGCGCUCCGCCACGGAGCCGCUUCUCGUGACGUCGUUGGAGAAAGAAGUCACUUUGAAUCUGUGCCUGGUACUGAAGAGGAGAUGAAAAACCCCAGUUGGAUUAGAAAGAAUUGGCUCCUUGUAGCUGGGAUUACUUUUGUAGGCGUCCACCUUGGAACAUACGUUCUACAGAGAGCUGUAAAACAUUCUGUAAAGUCUCAGUCCGAAGACAAGCAAAAGAGUAUUGAAGAAUGAAGUAAAAUAAAUAUUUUAGAAACGUUAACAUGUUGUUAAGUGAUUACAUUCUGAAUAGCUUCAUAAGCAUAGAUCUGUAUUUUAUGACCAUGAUGUUGCAUAUGCAGACU